AAAACAAUAUAUUUAAAAUAUAUAUUUAGCAAAAGCUGUCCCCUAUGUAUAGCCCUACGUCAUUCCGGUUAUGUCCCCGACAUUACCCACCCGUCUUUUUUUUAAAACUUGAAAUUCAAUUAUGAAACUCUUCAAAUUUGGAUAAGGAACGAUAUGUAUAUCUAAUGAAGCAAUCAUUUUCAAUCAGCUCCUCUGUAUUUGCUAAAUCAUGACCAAAUCAACACUUGAUGGGUCCAACUAUAAACAUAUUUUAUUCAAGACAUACAAAUAAUGCUAUGAUUCAGCAUCAGUGGCGUUUUCGCGCAAUCAAGCCUACACAUCAACAUCAAUCGUUCGAAGUGAUAUGAAUAUCAUUCGUAAUUUCGUCGCGUGAUGGUUCGGUUCGUAGCAUUUUUCGUAACGUUGAUGCUAGCGUCAAAUGCUCCGUUUUCAAACGGAACAAACAUAUUAUGUCUAAUGGGUGUCGCCAGUCCAAGCCAUCAUAUCUGGAAUCGAGUACUGAUGGAAGCAUUGGCUGCCAAGGGAUAUAAUUUGACAAUUAUUUCUCCGGAUAUUGAGAAAACGCAGAAGCCGAACUUAACGUACAUCCACCUGGAGGAAACUUAUCCCACCAUCCACGAAGGAGAUACCGCUUUCGAUUUGUAUGCGAUGGCUCAACAGGGUUUAGUGAAAAGUUUGAUGACGUUCUAUAAGUAUGCCAUAUCGAUAUGUGAAGGGAUGUUAAAAUCGAAGGGAUUGCAAACGAUUUUGGAUUACCCGGAUGAUUUUAGGUUUGAUUUAGUGCUGUAUGAUUUCACCUGUGGACCAUGUUUGAUGGGACUGUUCGAUAAAUUCGGACAGCCACCGCUCGUAGGAGUGACGACGUUCAACAUCCCGCCCUAUACAGUCGAUCUGAUUGGGGGUCACAAAUAUCCAGCUUACAUCCCCUAUUAUACCCUAUCGUACGAUACAGACAUGAACUUCUUCCAAAGAUUGCAAAAUUCAUUUAUAUACACUGUUGAUUAUCUGUAUCGAAACUAUGAUUUUAUUCCGAAAACCGAUCGAAUGAUUCGCAGGAUCAAUGCUUUCAAGGGCACACCAUAUCUUGGAAGUUUGGAUAGGAAAAUGAUGCUGAUGCUGGUCAACUCACACCAUUCGGUAGAUUUCCCAGAGCCCAUCCCAACGAAUAUGAUUCAGGUUGGAGGAUUACAAAUUUUACCCCCAAGACAACUUCCCGCAGAUAUUGAGCGAUUUAUUCGUGCUGGUCGGAAGGGGGCUAUUUUGUUCUCUUUGGGCACUAAUAUACUCAGUUCAGACUUGGGUGAAGCACGUAUCGCUAUGUUUUUGGAUGCGAUCAGACAACCUUCUGAUUAUAAUUUUCUGUGGAAAUUUGAAAUCGACCCCAGCAAGUACAACAUGCCAAGUAAUCUUAUGAUGCGAAAAUUUUUACCUCAAAACGAUAUUUUGGCACAUAAAAAUAUUAAAUUAUUCAUCACACACGCGGGAUUACUUAGCACUCACGAGGCUACCUGGCACGGAGUUCCUAUGGUCGGAAUACCGUUCAUUGCGGAUCAGUAUCGAAACCUCGAAAGGUCGCUGCGAGCCGGUAUAGCCGAACGUUUGGUGAUUUGGACGGUGACAACAGAGCAAAUUGUUCGCACAGUUCGGAAGGUCCUCGAAGAACCAUCGUAUCGGAUGCGAAUGCAGCAGAAAUCAUCACUGUUUCGCGAUCAACCUGAAAAGCCGCUUGAUCGCGCUCUCUGGUGGAUUGAUUGGGGGCUGCGACAUCCGAACGUGGAAACAGUGCAAUCACCAACGCUGCGUUUGGGAGUCUGGAUAAGUGAACUUUACGAUGUGAAAUUAUUCAUAGUGAUUGCCUGUGUUUCGACAAUGUUCUUCAUUGGGGCUGUGCUGCGAGUACUCAGUAAUUGCUGUAAUGCACCGAAAUCGAAGAAUAAGGUUCAUUAAGACUUGUUUUUCUAAAGCGAGGGUUCCCAAAUAUUUAGUGCUCUGCAAAGUUUCGUAGGUGUUCCGACGAGGAAAAGAACUGAAUACUCGUGUUGUAAAGUACAUUUAUUUCAGGGAUCGAAGUAAUUGUUUCGUUCAUUUAGUGUGUUUGAGUUGCUGUUGCUGUUAAUUUGUAGAACUUUCAUUUUAUGAUAAUCAUUAGUAACGAUACUACCUCAAAACGCAUACAACCAGUGCUGGAUUCCCAGCGGUCUAUAUUUACUGGAAUAGAAGACGCAUUAUCAUUCGCGACAUACAGAAUCAUAUACAUGUGUAAGCAUCUGUAGAUCUCUAACGGAAUUAUAGAUAAAUUGACCAUGACACUGCAUGUGAGAACUGCUACUUACAAAUUGAAUAAUGGGACGACUCCAAUUGAUUGUCGCUUGUCGUCCAAUUCACGGUUAAUGAUGAUGAAGGACGAGGGGUGCUCGAUAAAUUUGUUUGCUUGUUUAAUGCCCAAUAUCACAACAUAUGAUUUUUAUGGGAAAUUGCUACCUGUGGUUUUGAAUGAUCAGAAAAUUUCUUUCGAUGAAGAAAACAUUCCUGCGAGUGGUAAUGAAUUUUAUUUGACAACACCGCGAGCGAAGGAAAAAUUAGCGUCACACCGUGCUGGCUUUGGAUUCCGUCACGAAAAAAGCGUUCAUGUUUUGAUGUCAAGAAUGAAUGUACAUUGUUGAUACCCUGUCUAGAAGUAGAGCGUAUUCCACUCAAAGUGUUCUGCAUCGGUCGAAACAAUUGGUAGUGGGAAGUGGCAAGGUCUGGGCUAUAAGGCGAGUGAAAAAGAAUUUUCCAUUCGCUAUUUUCCAAAUAGUUUCUAACUCGAACAACAUCAUAAGGUCGAUCGUUGUCAUAAUGGAAAAUAUAUAAUCGACUUGUAUCUGGUCGUUUUUCGACAAUAGCUCGCUUUAUAUGGAUCAAUUGGUGCCGGUUGAAGACUGCGUUGUCGCCGUUUGAUCAGGUUUUAGCAACUCUUAGUGGAUCACUCUAUUGAUUCCACCGAAUUUUCACACCCAAUAAAUAAAUGUAGCAUGCCCCAUGCCACAUAUCGUAUAUUGCAUGCUGAGAUGUAGCAUGCCAUACGCCGGGUCUGUCAUAUAUCACAUGCUACAUGCUGCUUGUCAUAUGCCACAUGUCACAAACAAUUUGUAGAAAACAGAUUGGCGUGUUCUACACUCACUGAGUACUUAGCACUAAAAAGCGUUUGUCGUGAGAUCGAUCUCAUCAAUUCACCAAUCAGUCGAUCGGUUGUAAAAAUGUUAUGAUUGAAGAAAGCUUUGCUCCUAUAAAUCUUGCAACAGCUGUUUUUUGCACGGGUAAACCAUGGAAUUGAAUGAGAAGCUUUGUGGAAGCGAUAAACUGUCAAAAGGAUGCACAACUUUUUUGACGUAGGACUACGUCUUUCAUGUAUCUACCGGGGUGUAAAUUUAAAGUUUCGAAAACAAAAGCGUUACGCCGGUGAACGAGAUUUUGAGCGUUAAUAGCCCCUAAACAACUGAACGCAAUGGUAUGAUGAACACUUCAUUCGAAAGAUAAAAUGUUUACGCGUUAUAUAUUUGUUACUUUUUGAUCAAAAAAAUUGUUUCAAUAGCCUUAAAAUUGUUUUCAAAACAGAUAUUGAUAUCACCAAUCGGUAUAUAAGGGAGCAUCGCUCGGAAAUCCAGUCAGUUAUAAUUGAACAGCGAUUGGAGCAUGUUGUUGCUGUUGUGGAGAACCUAACUUCGUUCAUCAUGGAAGCGCUGAUGAACAGUAUCACCAAGAGCCUGUUUGUACACGUUAGUCCAGAAGGGAAUCCAUAGGAGUAGAGUGAUGCCACUGAAGCGGCGACCAAGAAAGUAACAGUAUCGAAAAUUGGUUCCACUUGAGGCAUCGGAGCAGCCGCCACAUACACAUACACGCGCGCAUCUCUUUUCGUUUGGUGGUUCUAGAGCAUCGAGAAGAAUCCGAAAAGAUGUCAUCGUUGCUGAAAAAUAAUCUGUCACUUCCCCUUGUAAUUGAAAAUUACAUUCAAGCGAAAGAGUUUAUUUUAAUGUUUUCUAUUCAUAUAAUAAUGCGACCAAAUAUAUUUUGUUUUGUGAUUUUUCAAUCAAGUGCAAAUAGCAGGAAAGCUUCUGAAGAUUAUUCUUCCCCAGCAAUAGAAUAUUUUCGUAUCCAAUAUUGGAUGCACAAAAUUUAAAAACGGAAAAUGUUUCGCAUCGCGAAAAUCAUAUAAUUUUCCAUCGAUUAUUGCUCAGUCACUGAAAGUUCAAACCCGAAGAGUUCAUUCGCCUCUAGUUUGCCUUCCAAAUUGCCAUAGUAAACCAUACCUCUCGAUUUAAUCACGGACAAAAAGCAUACUUAAGCGAUAUACUGGUGGUGAAACGCACUCAUCUUUCUCGUUCGACACUCGGAUCGUCAUUAAUUCUUCGUGACUGGACAACUUCAAUUCACCGAUUGGACAACACAGUUGCUGGGCGAGCUGGACGGCGAGGGAUCGAGUGCCUUUCUCAAGGCAAUGGAGGUGAACGAGUAGGAAAGGUUCCCAAGGGCAAUCUUCGAAUUUAAAGGUUUCACGGGAGAUAAUUCGUCAAAUUUUGGUAAAAAGUCUUUACAUAAAGAAGGCUGAAAAGGUUAAAGCUCCUAAUCUUAUACCAUCUCACAUUGAAAGACGUCUGAGUUUUGCCAACGCUCACAUGAAUCAACAGUGGGACAUGGUAUGUCAUGACAAAUAACGUUUUCAAAAGAAUACAUUUUGCUAUAUACCAUAACGAAAAGUUCUUCAAUUAUUUUUUACUUACUUUUAUCACAUUCGAGCAAAACAAUGCUACCAUUUAUACCUGCAAGGAAUCUAAGUAAUGGAUUAGGGACCAAAAACUUAACUUUUUGGACUGACUGGCUCGCUCUCCAGACUUGAAUCCUGUUGAAAAUCUUAGGGGUAUCCUGGUACGCAGAAUCUACACUGAAGGAAAGCGAUACACCACGGUUGAAGAGCUUAAGGUCGCAAUUUCGGAAAAACAGAAAAAUAUCGAGAAAUCCGUUCAGCAAAAAUUCGGUAAA